UGGCGGCCCUCGCUCUGCCCCCGGGCCGGCCUCUCCUCAGUCCAUAUGGGAAGGGAGAUAACACCCACCACCACCUUCCCCCAAAAAUCCAGCAGCCAGAACCCAGGGAUGGGCAGCCCCCUCCUUGUCCGCCGAUGACUGCAUCUCUUAAAAUUGGGGGUGGUGAGCAGAUGGCAUACGCUUGCUUAAUCGUUGAAGGCCCAACCCACCUCCUUAGCAGCGAAGCUUUUCCGACACCGCUGUGCAAAAUGAGCCACUGCGGGUUUCACGACCCCUAGUAUGGCCAUUCGCUGGCUGUGUGACCUUGGGUGCUUUGCUCAACCUUUCUGAACCUCGGUUUCUUUCCCUGUGAAGUGGGUAUACCCAUACCACUUUGUGUUGCGGGGGAUGAAUGAGACGCAGGACAGGCUGUUAGCUCAUCACAGGAGCCUAACUGGGCUCAUCCAGUGAGGAGUUGAGGGCUCUAGGCCCAGGCAUCAGGGUGGACCAUGGCCCCCUACCCAUGGGGCUGUGUACGUGACCUCAUGCUGCUGUUGCUGCUUCCAUCCUUGGGGGCUGGCCCUGCACUGGGCCGGGGCCUUCCCAGGCCACUUGAGGACUUGGAAACGCAUGUGAGCCCAGGAGCCCACCCCAAAGGCCCCGUUGGCACAGAACCCCAGGACUUCGACUUCCUCUGGGAGAAGCCCAAAGAUGAGAGCCCCUGGAACUCCAAUGUCCCCCGUGGCCCUGAGAAGGAUGUGCUGGAGAGGCCUGCAGAUUCUCCCUUUGGUCCAGCCCUGCAUGGGCCUCGAGCAGCCCAUGGGGCUCAGAGAGGACUCCCAGUAGCUGAUGACCUCCAGAUGGCUCGAGCGCCAAGUUCUCAGGGCUGGACAGGCCCUCCUGACUCACAGGAGCCCAUGGAGCAAGAAGCACCAGCCCCCCAUCCAGUGGGCCCCCCUCAUCUCACUUUCAUCCCAACUCCCAGACUCCAACUUGGGGUGGCCACAGUUCCUCCCUCUCCAGGGGAGCCUGGAAGCCAAGUGGAACAGCAGCCACCUAAAGAGGAGGAUCUGGUGGUUGAAGCCAAGACCAGGGUCUCAGAAACAUCCUCCUUGGACCACCGGGGCCUUCCCCACACUCUUGUGCCCAACUCGGGCACCAUCAGGAGGCCAGAACUGGAAGAACAGGGUGGGGGUGAGGAGGACAUCCAGGAGGCAGCUCAAGACUCCUUCUUUACCCAGCAGGAUGCAGCAGCCCCUGAUGUUGGCUCGGUAUCCCCGGUUGAUGUGGCAUCCUCUCAGGAACCUGGGUCCCAGCCUGACCUGGCAUUGGCCAGGAGCCUUCCUCCUGCUGAGGAGCUGCCAGUUGAGCUCCCUAAGAAGGAUGGAGGCGGAGAGAUGUGGGAAGUCAGUUUUCCAAGCCCCUCACCCAAGCAGGCUGACCUCCCUGAUGUUAGGGGCUCACCAGGACCCCAGCCCUCAGGUACCCCAGCUUCAGAAACUCCUGAUGGGCAGCUUAAGCCAGAGACAGCAGCCAUGAAUGGAGCAGACCCCAUCUCCCCUCAGCGGGUGAGAGGGGCACUGGAGGCCCCAGGUACCCCCAAGUCCCUCAUCCCAGGCCUGUCGGAUGCUGAGCCAGCUACAAACCAAACAGAAAGCCCUGUGGGGGCCCUGCAGCCAGAUGAAGCCGAGGAGUGGCCGGGGCGCCCCCAAAGUCAUCCCCCAGCACCCCCAGUCCAGGCCCCCUCGACAUCACGCCGGGGCCUCAUUCGGGUCACUACGCAGCGCGCCCUGGGCCAACCACCCCCUCCGGAGCCCUCAGCCAGCUCCAUGGCAUCAGCCCCAGCCUCCAGCCCUCCAGCCAAUGCCACCACACCUCCCCUACUGUGGGGUCCCCUGCGGCGGGUGCUGAGCUUUUCCUGGGAGCUGCACGUCUACGGGGUGGGGGUGCUCUUCCUGCUGCCCGCGUUGUUGGCACUGGCCUCGCUGGCAGCCGCCCCUGCGGGGCCCGGACUGGCACUGGUGGCGGGAGUGCUGGUGCUCGUAGCGUCGGGGCUGCGAUCUGCCUACAUGCUCGCGGACCCCUACGGCUCACAGGCACGGCUGGGCUUACGCGCCGGCCUAGUGCUCUACAACCUGCCUUUCCCCUUACUGCUAACCGCUCUGGCGGCCCUGACCCUCCUCGGCCUGGGCUCGGGGCUGCCACAGCAGCUGCAGAACCCGCUCCUGCUGGGAGCGUUGGCGCUGAUACAAGGUGUGGGGUUGUUAGCUACAGACCUGCUGUCUGUGAGGCCGGUGUUCAACCUCCUGGCUCAGGGCUUGUCGUGCGCCUGGGGCGCCGCCGUGGCUCUGGGUACGCUCUGCCUGUGCCGUCGCCGUCUGCUGGACGGGCCGCGGGGCUGGGAUAGCAACCCUGGCCCGCGGCUGCUGGCUGUGGCGGGCGCCCUAGGGCUGCUUGCUAGUGGCUUGCAGUUGGCGGCCGCGCUCUGGCUGUACCCGGGCCCAGGCCGCGUGGGACGCUUCUCUUGGGCCUGGUGGGGCGUCCACUUCUGGCUGCGCCUGCUGGAGUUAACAUGGGCGCUCACCAUGGCGCUGGCCGCUGUGGCCGCCGCGCGGCCCAGGCCGCCCACGGAGCACGCUUGCUGGGCUAAGCUGCUGCGCCUGGCGUGCCCCACGCCCUCAAGCAAGAGCGAGGUGCCCGAACGAUCCAACAACUGCUAUGCGGGGCCUAGUGGCGUCGGCACAGGCACUUUGGACAUCAGCAAGAGCCUCAUCCGCAACCCGGCGGAGUGUGGGCUGCCUGCCACCCCCAGUUCAGGCGCCUGGGGCUCAGCUGCGUCGCUGGGCCACGGUCCUCAGGGUGGUCCAGGCCUGUCCCGCAGCAGCGUGGGGCCGGCGCCGUCAGUGAGCGAGCUGGACCUAAGGCCUCCAUCACCCAUCAACUUGAGCCGCAGCAUCGACGCCGCGCUGUUCCGAGAGCACCUGGUGCGAGACAGCGUGUUCCGGCGCUGCGGCCUAAGCGGCCUAGCCUCCCCACCGCCUGGGGGCGCAGUGCGGCCGCGCCGGGGCAGCCACCCUGACGCCGAGCUCGACGGUGCGGGCUAUUUGCUCCCCCGCGGCCGCUGCCGCUCGCUCAGCGACGUGCGCGUGCGCGGGUCCGUUCCACAACACGUAGUAGAACCUGACGCCAUGGCUUCCGGCAGCUCCGUGGACAGCUUCUCCCGGGGCUCUCUCAAAAUCAGUUGGAACCCGUGGCGGCACGGGCUGUCGUCGGUGGACAGUCUGCCCCUAGACGAGCUGCCCAGCACAGUGCAGCUUCUGCCUGCCCCGGACCCUGUCCCUGCUCCUACCCAGCCUGGGGAAUCUCAGAAUGAAGUCCAGCCUCGCUGCAAGCCCGGGGACUCCCGCAGCGCCUCCAGUGACACUAUCGAGCUCUGAGAGGUCCAUCACACAGACCCCAGGACUCGCCCCCAACGGCUGUACAGCAUGGCCAACUGCGACGGUUGAACAUUUGAAAGAACAACUGGCAUUCCCGGGCCUCCACCUGACUGCAGCUCCAGGAGACAGCCAGGCUUGAACCCAGCUCUCCGUUUUUCUUUUUAAAAUAUCUCUAUUUUUCUCAGCGGGUAUUUUACACAAAGGCCGUGACCUAUGCGGAACACAGGGUGGACAUACACGAAUUUGGGUAGGCAGAUUGGGGCCCAAGUGCCCCAAACACCCUUCCAGACCCCGCAGUGUGGAGAAAUAAGGCUUGCUUGUCCAGAAUGACUGUCCUCUUUGUGCCAAAGAAAUAAACCCUUAGGACUUGGUGGCUCAUGCCUCCCUCUGGCCAUGCCAGAAUCUUCUUCAGAGGAGAUGUAGGAGGCCUCACUCCUAGUAGUAAUUCCAAGUCCUGCUUAUGAGAGGGGAGGACUUACAAAGGAAAGGGCCCUGGACCCUUCCUUGGAGGCUUUAGAAAUAACAGUUACCAAUAUUUUACGGAACAUCUACUAUUUGUUGUGCAUUAUCUUCAGCUCUUCACGUUCAUCUUAUUUAAUUCUCGUAUUAAGCCUGAAUGGAAAGCAUUAUCACGCCUAUUUUAUAGAAGAGUGGAAUUAAGGGAUGGAAGUCAUUUG